AUGAAGACCUUUCUCAUUCUCAGUGCUCUGCUCACAGGGACAAGUCCUUAUGUCUAUCAGAAAUGUGAACUUGCUCAACUAUUGCGCAGAAAUGGAUUGGAUGGAUAUCGUGGUUACAGUCUGGCAAACUGGGUUUGUUUGGUGCAGCAUGAGAGCAACUACAACACAAGGAUAGUUGGACAUAACAGGAGGGCUGGAAGGACUCUGUCAUCAGAUUACGGGAUCUUUCAGAUCAACAGCGUCAAGUGGUGUGAAGAUGGUCAGACACAGCACCCAAAGAAAAGGAAAGGAUGUAGGAAGAGGUGCAGUGAUUUUAUCAAUGACAACAUCAUAGAUGACAUUCAGUGUGCGAAAAGGAUAGUGACGCCCCAAGGGAUGAAUGCCUGGUACAGCUGGAAGAAAAAAUGCCAGAGUAGAAACCUUGGCGAUUUUCUGGAUGACUGUAAAAUAUAA